CCCACCUCAAACCCAUCAACCUUCCACCACCAUCGCCACUACCUUCAACCAAACCAAACCAGUCUUCCGCCACACCUUCCCAACCAAAACGACAAAAUGCCCCGCUCCAAGCGCAACAAGCAGGUGUCCCUCACUGCUACCGCCAAAAAGCCCGGCCGCGAGAACAACGAGCGCCUGUUCACCUCGAUCCGCGAAAGCGUUGACACGUACCCCACGAUCCUGGUGUUUUCCGUCAGCAAUAUGCGCAACACGCACUUAAAGGAGGUGCGAUCUGAGCUCAGCGACUCGCGGCUGUUCUUCGGCAAGACCAAAGUCAUGGCGAAAGCGCUCGGGCUCACCGACGCCGAGGAGCUGCGGCCAAGCCUGCACAAACUCUCGCAGCACAUCGCCGGCAACGUCGGGCUGAUCUUCUCGCAGAGAACGCCAGAGCAGCUGAUCGAGUACUUGGAGAACUUUGUGCGCGAGGAUUUCGCCCGCAUGGGUGCUGUGGCGCCGCUCACUUUCAUUGUGCCUGGUGGCGUCGUGAUGAGUCUGGGUGGUCAGAUGCCGGCGGACGACGAUUUGCCGCUGCCCCACUCGCUCGAGACAACCAUGAGAGCGCUUGGAAUGCCCACAAAAUUGGUCAAGGGAAAGGUGUGGUUGGACCAGGAGUAUGUGCUGUGCAAGGAGGGACAGAAGCUGGACAGUAAGCAGGCAGCACUGCUGAAGUUGUUCGGACGGAUGACGGCAGAGUUCGCAAUCACUCCUGUUGCUUACUGGACAAUGGAGAGCGAGAAGGUUACGGUUGUCGAAAAGCCGGAAGCCGAGACGAUGGAGGAGUAGGGCUGUUUUUUCUGGAUAAAAAGUUCGUUUUUUUCCUAAUAUCGAUGUCCGCAAGCUCUGGAUGGGCAGAUGGCAGGGCGGAGAGGUGGACUGUUUUUUACCUACAAAAUUGGCGUUUAUGAUUUCUAUGGAAUGAUCUCCUACUUUUUUCAUCACUCACUCAUACCUACUCUUUCUCAAGUCACCA